AUGCUCAAGAGAACCUUGUUCAGGGAGGCCAGCACCAGCAAUUGCUGCCCAGAAGCAGCAGCAGCAGCAGCAGCAGCAAGCGCAGCAGCAGCAACAGAACAGACAGCAACAGAAGACGCAGCAGCAGCAGCGGACGACGAUGAAGAUGAAGAAGCAGCAGCAGCAACGGACGAGGAGUUAGCUGCAGCAGCAGAUGCAGAGGAUGAAGAGACAACAGCAGCAACAGCAGCAACAGCAGCAGCAGCAGCAGCAGCAACAGCAACUUCUUUUGUGUUCCGCUCGCCUCGAAGCCAAAGCAAGAGAAUGGACAAAGAAGCGCAUGCAGAAAUAAAUAUUAAAAUAAAUAAAGAAACAAAAAAAGAAAAAGAAAAAGGGAAGGAAAAGGAAAAAGGGAAGGAAAAAGAAAAAGAAAAAGAAAAAGAAAAAGAAAAAGAAAAAAGUGAAACAAAAAAGGAAAAGGAGAAGGAAGCCCUUCGGCGUGCUGCAGUGUUUGCUGCUGCUGCCUUAAGCCGCGCUGCAGCAACGCUAGAGGCAUAUCAGCAGCAGCAGCAGCUGCUGCUGCGGCAGCAGCAGCAACAGCAGCAGCGGCAGCAGCAGCAGCAGCAGCUAAUGGACCGCAGCUGCAAGAAACCCAAAGGAGACAAACUAAAGGCUGCUGCCUCGCCCUCCUUGAGCUUGCUGCCGCCUGCAGCACAGUUCCUCAGCAGCAGCAGCAGCCGCAGCAGCAGCAGCAUUAGUAGCAGCAGCAGCAGCAUCAGCAGCAGCAGCUGCAGCAGCAGUAGCAGCAGCAACAGCAGCAUCAGCGAAAGUAAAGGAGCUUACCGCUGGAGCGGCAAGGGGCCCCUCUAUUUGUCUCAGUCCCUAACUGCAGCAGCAGCAGCAGCAGCAGCAGCAAGGAGUCCCACUGUCAGUAUUGCUGGAGUAGAGAGCCAGCAGCAGCAGCAGCAGCAACAACAGCAGGAACGGCGGCGGCUUUCUUUUGAGGAUAAGUUCGAGAGGCAGCUGCGGCUGCUGCAGCAAAAACAUUUACGAAAGACACAUUGGCAGCAGCAGCAACAGCGGCUGCUGCAGGAAGAGUUAUUGCUGCUGCAGCAGCAGCGACAACAACAACAACAACAGCAGCAGCAGCAGCAGCAACACUCGCUGCUUCCUGUUGUUUCCAGCUCCCCAUCCAUCACCAACAAACCCAUCAACAGCAGUAGCAGCAGCAGCAGCAACAGCAGCAGCAGCAGCAGCAGCAGCAGCAGGGGCAUAAGCGAGCACAGUCUUCGGCUGAAGACAGCAGCACUUUUUCGAGAAGAAGUUCGCAGAGGAGUUUUAUCUCCUUCGACUUUAAUGAAAACAAAAAAGCAAAUUGAAGUUCUUUUCUUUGGGGGGCAGCAAAAAGAAAUUGCUGCAGCAAAAGAAGCAGCAGAAUGCACCUUCAGGCCCGCCAUCAACCCCGCCCGCAACAGCAGCAGCAGCAGCAGCAGCAGCAGCAGCAGCAGCAGCAAGGUACCGUGGUGGAAGAGGCUUUACGCGGACGCCCAGCGAGUCGAAAAGGAAGCAGAAAUUAAAAUGCAAUUAAGUAAAGAAAAUAUAAAUAAAAAUAUCAAUAAUGAAACUUUAGAUAAAAAUAUAAAGGAAAAUUUAAAUAAAAAUAUUAAAAAAGAAAAUAUUAAAGCAGCAGCAGCAGCAGCAGCAGCAGUUGAUGGACCGGAGCUGCGUAAAGCCACGCAGCUGCGCGACAGCAACCCUUUGCUGCUGCUGCUGCAGCAGCGCCAGCAGCGACUGCAGCAGCAGCAGCAGCAGCAGCAGAAGCAGCUGCAGGAAAGGCUGCAGAAGUACCGGGGCCCCAUUUCCGAGCAGCAGCAGCAGCUGCUGCAGCCGCUGGCACACAGCUGGGCAGCCAAGGCUGCUGUUGCUGCUGCUGCUGUUCCUGUUGCUGCUGCUGUUCCUGCUGCUGCUGCUGCUGACGGCAGGGCGCUGCUGCAGCAGUACUUGGGGGGAAGUCGGCUGCUGCAGCUAAACAGACAAAAGGGUGUUUAA